AUGAAGAAAUUUAAUUUUCGCAAAGUUUUGGACGGUUUAACUGCCUCAUCCCCCGGUGGAAGCAGUGGUGGUGGCAGUGGUGGUGGAAGUGGGGCUGGUGGUGGCUCUGUGCACCCAGGAGGGACUGUGGGAGCUGCAGGGACACCCAGAGACGAGAUCCAGGAGACGCUCACUUCAGAUUAUUUUCAAAUUUGUAAGACGGUUCGUCAUGGUUUUCCUUAUCUACCCACUGCCUUAGCUUUUGACCCAGUUCAGAAAAUUCUGGCAAUUGGAACAAGAACAGGAGCCAUACGAAUAUUGGGCAGGCCUGGUGUUGAUUGCUACUGCCAACAUGAAAGUGGCACUGCAGUUCUGCAGCUCCAGUUCUUAAUCAAUGAGGGUGCUUUGGUCAGUGCAAGUGCAGAUGAUGCACUUCAUCUGUGGAAUCUCCGACAGAAACGACCAGCUAUCCUACAUUCUUUGAAAUUUAACAGAGAAAGGAUUACUUACUGUCAUCUACCCUUCCAGAGUAAAUGGCUUUAUGUUGGAACAGAGAGGGGAAAUACACACAUUGUAAAUAUUGAAUCCUUCAUUCUUUCUGGAUAUGUUAUCAUGUGGAAUAAGGCAAUAGAACUAUCCACAAAGACUCACCCUGGGCCAGUUGUACAUUUAAGUGACAGCCCAAGAGAUGAGGGAAAACUAUUGAUAGGCUAUGAAAAUGGGACUGUCGUACUCUGGGACUUACGAUCUAAAAGAGCUGAUUUGAGAGCUUAUUAUGAUGAGGCCAUUCAUUCUGUUGCUUGGCAUCAUGAAGGGAAGCAGUUCAUGUGCAGUCACUCUGAUGGCAGCUUGACUCUAUGGAAUCUGAAAAGUCCUAACAGACCAUUCCAGACCACAAUUCCACAUGGAAAAAUUCAAAGAGAUGGAAAAAAACCUGAAUCUUGUAAACCAAUUCUUAAAGUAGAAUACAAGACCUGUAAGAACAGUGAACCAUUUGUGAUAUUUUCUGGUGGAUUGUCAUAUGAUAAGCCUUGUCGAAGACCAAGUUUAACAAUCAUGCAUGGAAAAGCAAUUACAGUUCUUGAAAUGGAUCACCCUAUAGUUGAUUUUUUAACUCUUUGUGAAACCCCAUAUCCAAAUGAAUUCCAAGAACCCUAUGCUGUAGUUGUGCUUUUGGAAAAAGAUCUCAUUGUUGUUGACCUGACUCAAAGCAAUUUUCCAAUCUUUGAAAAUCCAUAUCCUAUUGACAUUCACGAGUCACCUGUUACCUGCACAGAAUAUUUUGCGGACUGUCCUCCAGAUUUGAUUCCUGUACUCUAUUCUGUAGGAGCAAAACACAAAAAGCAAGGAUACAGCAAUAAGGAGUGGCCUAUCAGUGGGGGAGCAUGGAACCUUGGAGCUCAGACGUAUCCUGAAAUCAUUAUUACAGGCCAUGCAGAUGGAUCAGUAAAGUUUUGGGAUGCUUCUGCCAUUACUCUACAGAUGUUGUACAAACUAAAAACAUCAAAGGUCUUUGAAAAACAAAAAGUGGGAGAAGGCAAAGCAACAGCUGAGAUUGUGGAAGAAGAUCCUUUUGCUGUUCAGAUGAUGUACUGGUGUCCUGAAAGCCGAAUUUUCUGUGUGGCAGGAGUUUCUGCAUAUGUGGUUGUUUACAGGUUCAGCAAACAUGAAGUAAAUACUGAAAUUGCUUCAUUGGAGGUACGACUUCAGUAUGAAGUAGAAGAUAUCAUUACUCCUGAACCAGAAAUGAUUCCUCCAUUUCCAGAUGCCUCCUCCCAGCUUCCUUCUUUAAAGAGCCUUUCAGGCAGUACUAACACUGUAGCAUGUGAAGGAACAAUGAAGGAUAGUAUUCCAUGUCUUAGCGUUAAGGCUCGUCCUGUGCGAAUGCCUCCUGGAUACCAAGCAGAUCUUGUUAUUCAGUUGGUGUGGGUGGAUGGUGAGCCUCCACAACAGAUUACCAGUCUUGCUGUAAACUCUGCUUAUGGACUAGUGGCAUUUGGGAACUGCAAUGGUUUGGCUGUUGUGGACUUUAUGCAGAAGACAGUACUGCUGAGCAUGGGAACCCUUGACCUCUGCGGAUCCAGUGAUCCAUACCAGCGCCAACCCCGUUCACCUCGCAAAAGCAAGCAGUUUGCUGCAGACAACUUUUGCAUGCGUGGCCUGUCUAACUUUUAUCCAGAUUUAACGAAACGGAUCCGUACUUCCUAUCAGAGCCUGACUGAACUCAGUGACAGUCCAGUUUCCCUGGAGCUAGAGCGUUGCAAGUCUCCCCACUCAGAUCACGUGAAUGGUCACUGCACCAGUCCAACAUCCCAGAGCUGCAGCUCAGGAAAACGACUUUCCAGUGCAGAUGUCUCAAAAGCAAACCGCCGAGGGCCUGGGAGGCCCCCCUUCAGAAAAGCACAGUCUGCUGCCUGCAUGGAGAUUUCUCUCCCAGUCACCACAGAAGAAAAUAGAGAAAACUCCUUCAGCCGUUCCCGAAGCUCCAGCGUGUCCAGCAUCGACAGGGACUCAAAGGAGGCAAUUACAGCCUUGUAUUUCAUGGAGUCCUUUGCCCGAAAGAAUGACUCCGCUGUCUCCCCCUGCCUCUGGGUUGGAACGGGCCUCGGUAUGGUCUUAAUCCUCUCCCUUAAUCUGCCUGCCAGUGACGACUUACGGCAGUCAGAGCCAGUCAUGGUGUCGCCAAGUGGCACAGUUAUGACACUGAAAGGAGCCGUGCUGACCUUCGCAUGCUUGGACUGCGUGGGGACGUUGACGCAUCCACCGUACGAAGUAUGGAGGGACCUACACAGUGCUGAUGAUGGUGAAAAAACAAGAAAAAGGAAACUUGUCAUGCAUUCUCCUUCCUCCUCCCAGGAUAUGGGUGAUCAUCAAUUUGCAGUCAUUUGUUCAGAAAAACAAGCCAAAGUCUUCUCAUUGCCUUCCCAAACAUGUCUUUAUGUCCACAACAUCACCGAAACGUCCUUUUUAUUGCGAGCAGAUGUGGUCACCCUCUGUAACAGCGUCUGUCUGGCGUGCUUUUGUGCCAAUGGGCACAUCAUGACACUGAGCUUGCCCAGCCUUCGACCGCUGCUGGACAUCAACUAUUUGCCUGUAACAGACAUGAGGAUAGCGAGGACCUUUUGUUUCACUAAUGAAGGGCAAGCUUUGUACCUGAGCUCUCCCACAGAGAUCCAGCGCCUGACGUACAGCCAGGAGAUGUGUGACAACCUGCAGGACAUGCUUGGAGAUUUGUUUACUCCUGUGGAAACACCAGAAGCCCAAAACAGAGGCUUUCUCAAAGGACUAUUUGGAGGAAGUGGACAAGCUUUUGACAGAGAGGAGCUCUUUGGCGAGGCCACGGCAGGAAAAGCCUCUCGCAGCCUGGCCCAGCACAUCCCUGGAUCGGGUGGAAUUGAAGGUGUGAGAGGAGCUGCGGGAGGAGUCAUCGGGGACCUGACUCGUGCGCGCAUCGCCCUCGACGAGAGGGGGCAGAAGCUGGGAGAGCUGGAUGAAAGGACUGCGAGCAUGAUGGCCAGCGCAGAGGCUUUUUCCAAACAUGCACACGAGGUGAUGCUGAAGUACAAGGACAAAAAGUGGUACCAGUUUUAG